UGCAUCGGUGGAACGCGCACGCGUGGCCACGAUUCGAACGAAUAAGACAGCUAGCAGAACGGAAGGAGUAUCGUGUGGUUCGCAACAACCAUGCUCCAAUUUAUUGAUAUUUCCCGGAGAAGGUUGGUGGAGUGAGACGUUUGUGUUUCACCAGUUCACUGUGUUGAAAGGGUGCGAGUGAGAGAGCAGUAAGAGAGCAGAGGGUGCGCCGAGGGUGUCCCGUCACACCCGCACGUUCAGUCUUCGGGGUGUACAGCUGAUCGUCAGUUCUGGGACCCUACAUAGAACACCCUGUGCUAAGGUGAUCGCACAUGUCGAGUGAUCCGGAUGUUACCUCGGAUCUGACUCAAAAUUAGCCGGAUUAUUGAAUUCAAUCAUGUCAGCGAUGUCACGGUGAUAGGCUUUCGAAAAACCCGUGGGGAAAUUUUUCUUCAUUCGCUUUCCACCCCCACCCUCUUCUAUCCGCGACGGUGAACCGUUUGGUGUAAAACGGAUGCUGCUAAAAAUAUAAACUAUGCGGGGUGAAUCUCUUCGUUUCGUCGACCUUUUAUUCACGUAAUUGCCGAAUGUCGUUGGACGUCGCGACGUUGGGGUCAACGAAGGGUGGACCUGAAGAAGCGAUAGGACUACCUAGUCAGCCGUAGUUUGCGACGGGCUCGUGUAUAAUGGCCAACGAAACGAUACUGAAACCGUACAGUCUCGUAUAACGUCUAGCCUGAUAAAUAGGAAAGAGCGAAGGAAAGGGUUAAGAUUUUCUUUAUGGAUGAUCAUUUAAAUGACAAUUGGAACCGGCCACGAAGCCGCCACUAGUUGAAGAAGCACCUGAAGUCUGACGAUCUUGUUAGAAAUCUGCAAUUGUUGCUCGAUAAAUUGAAAUGACAUAGAUGAUCCUUAGGAAUAAUCAGUGACUGCUUGAUACUUUUGAGACAUUUUGAACGUGUUUGAAAUGGAAAAUCAAUGGGAACAACGUUACCAGUUCCGGGACAUUCAGAAGUAAAUCUUUGCUCGGUGCUGUCACUGGGCAAGGAUCUCAGCAAGAUCACCAUGCCGGUCAUUUUUAACGAGCCGCUUUCUUUUCUUCAACGCGUCGCCGAAUACAUGGAGUACGCUAAGCUACUAAAACAAGCAGCUCAAGAAGAGACUCCUGUUGGAAGGCUGCAGUACGUUGCUGCUUUUGCUGUCAGCGCUUUGGCUUCAAACUGGGAAAGACUUGGCAAACCCUUUAAUCCGAUUCUGGGAGAGACAUACGAGUUGGAGCGCGAGGACUUCCGGAUAAUUUGCGAGCAAGUUUCCCACCAUCCACCGGUGUCCGCUUUCCAUGCGGAUAGCGAAGACUUUGUUUUCCACGGCAGCAUACAUCCGAAAUUAAAAUUUUGGGGCAAAUCGAUAGAAGUGCAUCCAAAAGGCAUUGUCACCGUGGAACUUCCCAAAUGGAAGGAAGCUUACACUUGGCAGAACAUCAACUGCAUACUUCAUAAUGUCCUCGUCGGCCAAUUAUGGAUGGAGCAACUUGGCUCUCUGGAGAUCAAACAAAGUGGAGGAGCAAACCUGAAGGCGUCUCUUUCUUUCAAAAGUGCCAGCUGCAAUGGCAAGGAUCUUCAUCGAGUCGAAGGUUUCAUAACGGAUCAAGACAAAAGGAAAUUGUUGUUCCUUUAUGGAAAAUGGACAGAUAAAAUGAAGGUAUGCGAUCCUGUGUCGUACGAAGAAGCUUUGGAGAAGGUGAAACGAGAAGCGAAAAGUCCUCAAGGAAGUCCAGGACAUAAGAAAGUAUUGGCGAAAUUGCACAGUCUUAAAGUAGGAGCAUUUAAGCCUUCGCACCAGGAUGCAAUUGAUGAUCCAUCAGCAAGUAUAGACGGAGAAGAUAUACCAACGAUCGAUGACAUUCCUGGAUCCAUUACCCUUUGGGAGGCUGCUCCAAGACCGCCUAACAGUGCAGACUAUUAUCAAUUUACAACGUUUGCAAUGGCGUUAAACGAGCUAACACCGGAAUUGGAAAAGUUAAUAUGUCCGUCGGACUCGAGAUUAAGGCCGGAUAUCAGAAAAUUGGAAAAUGGCGAUCAGGAUGGAGCAGCGGCUGAAAAAUCAAGGCUGGAGGAGAAGCAACGAGAAACGCGUAAAGCUCGAAAGCACAAGAAAGGCCAGGAAUGGACGCCGAGGUGGUUCCAAUUAGCCAUUAAUCCAUACUCAGGUCAAGAGGACUGGCUCUACCAAGGAGGAUAUUGGGACCGCAAUUAUGUCAAUAUGGAAGAUAUAUUUUAAUGAACGUGAAGAUCUUUAAGCGAUACGGUAACAAGUAUUCAAAGAGAAGCAAAGAAAUAUAAACUCGCGUAUCCUGGCGAGGAUUGUUCAUACACAUUGUUGGCAUAUCGUGCUUGGAAUUAAACUGGUUCUUCCUUUUCUUUCAAAUUCUUUGAAUUUUUUAAAUUAUAUUUUAAAUGAUUCGAAGAAAUUUUUCUGAAUUUUAUUCGUUUAUUUGUGAAUGUAAAAUUUGUAUGAUAGUAUGAUCAAUUGCCAAGGAAUCAUGCGAGAAUCCAGGAUAAAUAGAUGUGAAACUUUUGUACACAGCUUCAAAUGGCACAUCGUGUGUUUUAUACAAGUUUUUUUUAGUUACAGGCAUCUGUAAGGUAAUGUGCAAUAUUGCUAAUGAUACCAAUGAAUUUGUCAUAAUUGAAAGGCAAAGCUAAGAAAAAUUCAUUGAAUCGCAAUUAACACGUUGAUUACCAGAGUGAAAAGGUCAUGUGCACUGAGAUAUAUUAUAAUUACUUUAUUUUUCUAUUCAAGUUUAUCACUUUUUACCUUGAGGAAAUGUCACUUAACACUCUUACUUAUUUUUAUUUUUUGUUUUCCAUGACAAACCCUCGUUUAACUCGAAAAGUCUUGGUUUUGAAAUCAAUUAACGAUGGUAGCCAACGCGAUAAAAGCGAUCUUUCGCCGAAAAAAGCUUCGUUCCGAAAAAAAAUCAAGACACCGUAAGCUUACGCCUCGUAGCUGAAUUUCGUAUGCAGGUCGUACGCGCGUAUCUCUUUUUAGACAAUUUAAACUCGAGUAUUCUUGCGCUCUUUUGCCGAGCAGAAUCGAGUUACUUUAGCGUUAAUUAGGCAAUGAGACGGGAGAUACGACGAAUCUGUCGCCUCUCUGAAACUCCUCGUCGAGUUUCGAACAAAGCUUAGAUAAGGAAGAUCGCGUAGUCCUACGAUAAAACCGCCUACAGUUCAAUGUGUAAAAUCUGUACGUAAAGUCUCAAUGAGCGAACGUUUUUCCUUCUCUCGCGUCGUUCGUAAAACGCUGUGAAACACUCGGAUUUCACCGACGACAAACAUAAAGCACGAAGUCCAUCCGUUAGUUGACACUUUCCUGUACAUACCGUGGAAAUACGAUCGGCGUGAAUUUUUUAUAACACACACGUACACGAAAGCAUAGAGACACAGAACAAAUACGGCGAGACGAUCAACACUUCCGUUCGAUUUCCUUGCAAGAACAACACCUGGUGAAAAUGCGAACGGAUCUGAAUUUGAACUUUAAUUUAGAACAUUUGCUUGAAGGAAAAUUGUUAAAUUCUAUUGCUUCUCAACAAAAUGUGUCAAAGUCCGCUCCCUUUCCAUUCUUAUCACCUUUACGCGAUCCGAAUCAUUUUAACCAGGGAUCGAAAGAAACACGAGAGGUUGUACCUUUCUCACAUACAUAUAUUCGUUUUUACGAUUACGCGUAGUUAUGAGAUCUCUUCUGACACUAUUUUUAUAAAAGGAUGAAAAAGAAGAAGAAGAAGAAAGCAGGCUGGUCGAAUGCUAAGCCAAAGUCUCCUAUCCGAGUACUGAUACAUUAGCUUGACGAUAGGUUUCUGUACAUACAAUGACUGUACUAUACACUUGUAUCUAGGUAUAAUAAUUUAGAACAGUGAUGAGCAACCAUUUUUCUCUGUAUCAGGCACAAAACUAAAAAAUUAACUACACUUAAAGAAAAGAAAAAAAAAAAAAAAACAAAAAGAAACUUAAAUUUGCUACUUAAAAAAUUGUCGAUGUAUAGAGUGGUACGUAUACUUGAUAAAUAUAUAUAUUUAAAUAAAAUAAAUUAAUAUACAGACGCUUUUUCAAUGCUAUCUUUGGGACUGUUUUUUAGCAAAAAAAUUUACAGACACUGAAGAUCGCUUUUUACAAUCUUCAAUUUUGAAAAUACAUGCUAGCGGGUAAACUAAUUUUCUACCUGGCAUAAUUUUUCUAAACGCGGCUCGGAGGUUGUUCAUCACUUUAGGACGAUUAUACGCACGGGAAAAACAUUAGCGGCCAAAAUAGUGGCCAAGUUAGCUCAACAAUUCCGCAACCAGGCAUCGAACGAGCAAUACUAGUUAUCGUUGCUAUUUUCGUAACAUCAUUUCACGUUCGUCGCUUUCGUCGGCUUUUCGAAAUUUUUUAGAAUGUCUGUUUCCUAUUUAAAGGCGAAGAACGAUCACCCUAAAACGAUUCCGCUUUUAACCCUUUCGCUAUUAAGGGUGACUAUAAUCAAUUGCACGCAAUAAAACAGAAGAAAAUGGAAAUAUAAAUAUAAUUAUAUAUAAAUUGCAAAAUAAAUUUUACUCUCUAAAAUAUUGUUAGUAGCGAAAGGGUUGAAUGGUAAAUGAUAGACCGCUUGACCGAAAAUUAAACGAUAUAGACCCACGAUAUUUGAUACUUAAUGGUGCCAAUGAUUAAUAUGCUAAUUGCUUCUCCAAAGUGUAUCACCAGGUGGACACAGACCUCUGCCAGCUUCAACCGUAAUAAAUAGAACUUAGUUUGGCUUAUCGUUAGGGUGUAAGCAUCACCAGAUCGUGAUAGUAAUUGAUUAACGAUUCGUCUAAUCGAAAAUACGAGGGACAUUUAGGCCAGUACGAGAUCAACCACGCUGAUCGCUUUCAAAUUCAUCAAAUCUUAGAGAAUUUACGUGAUCAUCUAAAUGUGUUGCUUCGUAGACGAUCGCGUAUCGAAACUUCCAAAGAAACACCGAAUAUAAAGUGAUAACAAUUAAUAGGUGUACGUGUGUAUUUAUAGUAUAUGUCUGUAUUAUGUGAAACAAUACACUUUAUUCGUUUUAAGUUCAUUAUCAUAUUCACUGUCCAUACCUGAUCAUUUUCAUUUAUCGAACAAAAUUUAAUCAACUGUUAAUAUCAAGAAAAAUUUAAUUUGGUUUGCUCAAUUUAAAAUGUAGAAGUAUGAUUUUUGUCAGAGGUGGAUUGUUUAAUUAACAUAAAUAUUAAAUACUUCUAUACGAAGUUACAGCACACAAAUGUGAGUUAGAAUUCCAUAGUAUUAUCGCAAAGUAAAUGCAAUGUAUAGAUUGUACACAUAUAGGAAUUGACUUGUGCGCAAUAAAGAAACAUCUUUACGCUUCCGUACGAUGGCGAUGUUUUUUGUCGAUCGCCCAACAUCUAUCACGAACACGGAUUGUCAUUAAUUAUUAAAACGCUAAUAAUGUUUAGAAGAAGAAAACCAUCGGGCUCUCGUGCUGUAGAGUAUUAUCAUAUUUGCGUUGCAUAGACGAGUGUAUGUAUCUGUACAUAGAUAUGUAGAUAUUAGAAAUAAAUGUUGUAAA